AUGAGGAGAGCGAUUGCGAUUGCGAUUGCGAUUGCGAUUGCGACGAAGGUGAAAGGUAUUGUUGUCCAUGGUAGAAGUGCUCCUUUAUCCUUUAUCUUCUGUUGGAGGAAACGAGCUUUCUCUGCUCUCAGUAAUGAUAACAGAGAGAAAUUGAGAAAUGGUCUUAGUGCUAUUAAGUUAGAGGAUGCGGUUGGUUUGUUCAGUGAGAUGGUAAACUCUCGUCCUUUCCAUUCCAUUAUCGAGUUUAGUAAACUAUUGACUGCAAUUGCCAAGAUGAAGAAGUAUGAUGUCGUCAUCUCUCUGGGUGAGCAGAUGGAGAAGUUAGGGAUUUCACAUGAUCUCUUUACUUACAGUCUUUUGAUUAAUUGUUUCUGCCGCUCCUCACAGCUACCUCUGGCAUUAGGUAUGGUUGGAAAGAUGAUGAAACAUGGUUAUGAGCCCAAUGUUGUCACUCUUUCUUCGCUUCUCAAUGGAUACUGCCGCUGUAACAUGAUCUCAGAGGCUGUAGCGUUGCUUGAUCAAAUGGUGGAAACGGGAUAUCAACCUAACACAGUCACAUUCACAACUCUAAUCCAUGGCCUUUUUCUCAACAACAAAGCUUCUGAAGCUGUGUAUUUAGUUGAACGGAUGGUUGAGAAAGGAUGUCAACCAGAUCUGGUCACUUAUGGUUCUGUUGUAAAUGGAUUAUGUAAGAGAGGUGAUAUUGACUUGGCUUUAGAUCUUCUCAAGAAGAUGGACAAGAGGAAAUUAGAGGCGAAUGUUGUGGUCUACAGCACAAUCAUUGAUGGUCUUUGCAAAUACAAACAUGUCGAUGAUGCACUAAACCUAUUCAAUAAACUGGAGGAAAAAGGAGUUAGAGGAAAUGUUGUUACUUACAACUCCCUCAUAAGCUGUCUUUGUUGUUAUGGAAGAUGGAGCGACGCAUCUCGACUACUGAGCCAUAUGAUUGAGAGGAAAAUUAGUCCCGAUGUUAUUACUUUCAAUGCACUGAUUGAUGGAUUUGGGAAAGAAGGGAAACUUUUGGAGGCAAAAAAGUUGUAUAAGGAGAUGAUUAAUAGGUCUAUAUGUCCUGAUGUUUUCACAUAUAAUUCAUUGAUCAAUGGGUUUUACAUGAACAAUCGCAUUGACGAGGCCAAGGAGAUGUUUGAUUUGAUGGUUAGCAAGGAUUGUUACCCAAACGUAGUGACAUAUAAUACUCUCAUAAAUGGAUUUUUAACUUACAACACUCUUAUCCAAGGCUUUUUCCAAUAUGGGGACUGUGAGAAUGCUCAAGAAAUUUUCAAACAGAUGGUUUCUUGUGGUGUGCCUCCCAGUAUUUGGACAUACAACAUUUUGUUAGAUGGGCUUUGUGAUAAGGGGAACCUAGAGAAAGCGUUGGUCAUAUUCAAGGAUAUGCAAAAUAGUGGAAUGGAGCUUGAUAUUAUUACAUAUACUAUCAUCAUUGAGGGGAUGUGCAAGGCUGGUAAAGUGGAAGAAGCAUGGGAAUUAUUUUGUAGCCUUGGCCUCGAAGGAGUGAAGCUUAAUGUUAAAACGUACACUAUAAUGAUCUCAGGAUUAUGUGUGAAACGCUUAAAGCAGGAAGCUGUUGCCUUGUUUAGAAAAAUGAAGGAAGACGGACCUCUCCCAAAUGAUCGUACCUAUAAUGCGCUAAUCAGGGCACAUCUGAGGGAUGGUGACAAAGCUGCAUCAGCAGAACUCAUCAAAGAAACGAGAGGUUCUGGGUUUGAAGGAGAUGCUUCAACCUUUGGUUUGGUUACUAAUAUGUUAUAUGAUGGGAGAUUGAGCAAAAGCUUCCUCGAUAUGAUUUCUUAA